AUGAGUAAAGGUCCAACUGCUUCAGAUAGCUCCAAGGCUGCUGUUCCUGAAGAUUCUCUUACACAACUCACUCAACAGUUCGAGUCAAUGUCAUUAGCCAAUCAAAAAGCUUUAAUUGAAAAAUUGUCAACCAAGGUACAAGACACAGGGUCUCCAAGUGUGUCUAAAGAAGUCUCCACCAAAUUAACGUCAGACAUUUUGAAAGAUCGAAAUUACACUUUGAAUCAUUUGAAAAAUUUCAGUGAGGCGCACGCGCUGCAUUUUAAUUAUAGCUACUCUGUCCAUAAAGCUCAUAGGUGGUUAUUAGAACAAACAAAGCAUUUAUUACCGGAAGUUUACAGGGUUUUGAAUUCAGAGGUUCCGAAAGAGAACGAGUUUCCAGAAGAGUGGAUUAUCGAUUCCAAAGUUAGCAAAGUUGGUCAUCUACAAUUUUAUCAUCAAUUAUCAGCUACCACAAAGAUUUGGUUAUUGAAACACAUUCUUCCAAUUGAAGCUACAAAUACCUGGAAUACCUCCAAGUUUUCACCAAGUGCUUUGCUUCAAGAAGUUUUAUCUAGGGAUGAUAGCUUAAACAGCAUCGAAAGAUUACUUAGUGUCUUUGUGGAUGAAGAUAGAGUACAAGAGAUUCCACGGUUUACUGACAAGUUGGCUUUUUAUGAUGAAAUUAAAACUGAAAUGGUUUCGGCAUUUGCUGAUCCAUAUGAUGGAAUGAUGUUGGUGAGAAUAUUCAAUCAAUUACAACAAUACCCAAGGUUAAAAUCUGAGUUAUUGCCUAAAUUUCGUUCAUUGAUUAACAAUUCAGAUCACAAAUUAGAUGUUAGUGUUGCUAAACUGAGAGAAAUCAUUAGAGACCAUCAUUUCAAUGAUUAUCCUGAAUAUGGAACAGAAACUGUGAAUUCAGUUACAACAUCAAAUGAUAUCAAUUCAGGUCAAUUCCGUUUGAUUUCUCCUAAAAACAUCAAUCAUUUAAAAUUCCGUUUUAGUGCUUCAGAAUCUCCAUCAAGGUUUACCGGAACAAUUGCUGCUGUUGGUACAGAAGCUGGUCCUGGGUGCUUCGAAUGUUAUGGUUACAAACAUAAAGGACAAAAUCAUAUUUUUAGUAAAGAUUAUAGGCAGUCGAAUAUCAUGAAACAAUAUGUACAUGGUAAAGUUACAGGCAAUAAGACAUCAUCAAACUACUCCAACAACGUAGUCACUGUAGACGUGCUUGCUAUAAAUUCGAUUGAUUCUGACAUAACUUCUAUUGAUGAAUUAGGAUCCACAAAUGUUUUAGCUGGUACAGAAGAGUUGGAAGAAGAAACUACUAGAAGUCAAGCGUUAUCACCACAGGAGGUACAAGCUCUCUAUGAUAGUGGCGCCACGCUCACCGUUGUGUCUACUAGACUGCUUGCUUAUUCACUUGGUUGUACCCCAUAUAAAAUUGUUUUACGUUUUGGGAACAAUACUACAUAUACUUGUACAGAACUCCAUCUGAUACAAAUAUUGUUACCAUCAAAAACCAGGGUGAAAAUUCCAGCAGUGUUUGUUGAUCAUCAUAUUCUUCCACAUGCUCUGAUAAUAAGCAUAAAAUCACUUACCAAAUUGAAACUGCAACUAGUUUUUUCAGGAGAUACGCUGAGUCAUGAUAGGGUGAAGUUAAAUACUGGUUCAAAGAAAGAAUAUAUUGGUCCUAUUACUUUAGAAAAGACUAUUGAACAUCAAUUAUUAUCUAUCGCACUAAAAAUAGAUGAUAUGCUGAAUCCAGAUGAUAAACAAGAUUUAAAAACCAGUUUUACAUACACCAAAGAGGAUGUAUUCAAUCUAUUGCACAGUCAUUUCACACAAGUUGAUCACAAUCAGUUUUUAUCCGAAUUGGAAUCGCUUCAGAAUUUGCUAGAUUUAGAUGGAUCCGAAGAGGUUCAAUUAAAUACGCUACAAGUCGCUGUACUACAUUUGUUACUAGGUCAUGCCAGUGAAACAAGAAUUACACAAAUGGGUUAUAGAAUUACGUCCACAGGGCGAUUAAUGCUACAGAAAUGUGAGACAUGUGCUAUCGUGAAGCUCAAACGCCAGCCAAAAGUCCAAAGGUUUAGUAGUUUAUGGAGUUCAAGAGUUUUGCAAUUGGUACAUCUUGACACUACAGGUCACAAAUUGGAUCUCUAUAGUGGGGUCAAACUUUUUACGGUUGUGCUUGUAGAUGAUCUCACUAAAUUUAGUGAAGUGAUCGUCUUUAAAAAUAAGAACAGUAUCGCAAAGGGUACACAUGAGAUGCUAACCAAAUGGAAAGUUAUUCAAGGAAAAGAUAUAGGUCAACUCAAGUGUGACUUAGGAACUGAGUUUUUGCAACUAGUUUCAGUAUAUGGUUAUGAAAGAUUAUCACAUUCAGCACAUGACCCUGCCAACAAUGGGGUUGCUGAAAGGCACAUUUCCCUUCAUAAAACCUUUGUGGAAUUAGUGAUGAAACCUUUUACAGAUAAAUUGAUCUAUUCCAUAUUAUACCCAUAUGCAUGGUCCUACUCGAACGCGUUAAAAAAUAGAUGGAUAAACAACAAUUUAGAUACCACCAGAGUUAAUGCUUUUUUAGGUAGAGCUCCAAAAGCAAAGAAUUUUCCUCUUUUUGGAAGCGACAUCAUCUUGAUGUAUCAAAAGGUUAAAGUCCAGGGCAUUUUUGUGUAUUACGAUGUUUAUUCAGGUUUGCAUCAUUUUUUAUUGUUAAAAUUUCCAUUACAAGUGGUGCCUGCUACUAGUUUUAAAGGUAUGUUGAGUUAUAUGUAUAUUGAAUUGCUGUCAAAAAUAGUACAAAGAGCACUAGGUCAUUAUACAGCUUUACCUACGGUUCAUCCAGCUGUUUAUGGUUACAAUCCUACUCAAAUAAAAGAGAAAUUAGAAGGAUUUAAUGGUCCAGUCAACUUUCCAAAUGAAAAACUCACAUCACCUACAGGUGCAAGCAUUUUUAACAUAGAUGAAGAACCUGGUACUGGUACAUACAAUAGUACAAGUCCUAAAGAAACUAUGGUGCUCAAAUGGAUUAACAAUUUGAAUGAAGCUAUACAUGAAGAAUUGGCUCCCAUUGAAAUCAUAGAUGAAGUUUUUUCAAAUACGUCAGGUACAUAUGAAGAAUCCAGUCCAUCAACAGAUCCUUUAUUUUCCUUACCAGUGGAAACCUCAUCUUCAAAUAGAACGGAUCUUCAUCAACCAAUUAUACCAAGUCUAAAUCAAUCUGUUCCUUUAGGUAUACAGGAUGCUGAUAUUAUAAAAGGUACUUCAGCUAAAUUUGCCAUUCCAAAAUCAUAUCAUGCUGCUAUGAAGAUUCCAAUUUUUGCUCGUGCUAUAGGUGUGGAAGAAUCUAGGUUUAAGGAAAAUGAUGUGAUGCAACAAAUAGAUAAUCUCCCUGAUGGUAUUAGUAAAUUACUCCACGGUUUCUGGAAUUUCUCAAUAAAGUUUUCAGCUUACAACAAUGAAUUCGUGGCCAAGGCGCGGUUCAUUAUUUUAGGUAAUUUAGAAAAAGAGUCCAAUUUAGUUACUGCUGCACCAACUUUACAAAUUACAACUUUUAGAUUGUUCUUAUCUAUCAUCAUUUCCAAACGUUGGACUUUCAAUGGUCUUGAUAUUUCCACUGCAUUUCAUUAUGCGUUAAUGAAAAGAGAUGUGUUCCUCAAAACUCCACCAGGUUUCAAAUUUAUUAAUACCAAAUAUGUUAAACUGAACAAGUCUACUUAUGGCUUAAGGGAUUCUCCAGUUAACUUUUAUUUAACAUUACGUGCUGCUAUAUUAUCAUUUAAGAUUGCUGGAUAUGAAUUACAAGUCAAGGAAAAUCACCAUGAUGUUUGUGCUUUUGGAAUUUAUGAUACCGUGGGUACGUUACUUGGACUCAUUAUAAUGUAUGUCGAUGAUUUGGGUUACGCUGGUGAAGAAUUCAUUGUUAACGCAUUUACUAAGUAUAUGGGUACAAAAUUUACUAUCAAGCAUACGUUACAACCAAGUGUGUUCUUAGGCUGUGAAUUAGUCUAUCAUGCAGAUGGAAAAAUUCAGAUUAAACAAACCCAAUAUAUCAAUAAAGUUGCAGAACAAUUGAAAUUGACAGAAGGUCUUAUUCGUCCAACUACAUCACCAUGUCCAAUGACAAUUCCUUUAAAAUGGGCUGAAGAACGCUUAGAAGAAAUUGAAGUACCAGUCAAAACCAUACAAGCUUUAGUUGGUGUCCUCCUUUGGAUUAGUCAACGGACGUUCCCUCAUAUUUCAUAUCUUGUUAAUUACUAUUCAAAACAACCAAGAAAUGGGCUGACAUUGAAAUUAUUGCAAUGGUUAUUUAGGUAUGUUUACACCAAUAAGAAUAGUGGUUUGUGGUAUUCAGGUAUUGAUAAGUUUGAUUCAAAUAAUUUGAAUCAAUAUGUGACAUUAUUUACAGAUGCUGCUUUAGAUUAUUCCACCAGCUUAGGUGCUUGUUAUUAUUUUGGGAAUGACUUGAUCAAUUGGCAGUCAAGUUCUAUGCCGAUCUAUUCCUCAGGUUCUACAGUUGAUUCUGAAUUUUCAGCAUUACACACAUCGGUGAAGCAUUUGUUACAUAUUGUUGGUAUAUUAUAUGGGUUAGUUAAAGGUUCUACAAAAGAAAUACAAUAUCCUAUGCGGGUAUAUACUGAUAAUAAACCGUUACAUAACAAGUUACAUGGAUAUACACAAACUAUUGAAUUACCAGCUAGAAUUCCUAAGGUUCAAGAACUACGGUCAUGGGUUGUUCAAUUUCGCUGGAUUGAUUUACUGUUAAUUGCUGGAAAGCAAAAUCCAGCUGACGUCUUCACUAAAAGUUUCAGUCCUACUAAAUAUAAGGAAGUUAUUCCUAUUUUACAAUUUGGUUCAGAAGCUCCAACUACUAAUAUUACUCAACUACUUGCAGGGUUACUUACUGAGUAG